CAGCAGCAAGCGGGAGGGAGCCCGAGGGAGCCCGCCAUCGGAUGAGAGGAAGAGUUCGCAUUGUCUAGAUAUUACUAUCUGAGCACCUCCAUAACCCCUCUCCAUAUCCUACUUCUUUGAUCUUAACAAUAGUGCCCACAACGGUCAACAAGAUGGUAGCUACGCCAAUGGCACUCAGGAAGAGCACGAGCAAAUGCAUGGGGUGGAUGCUGGUAACUGCCUUAGUGGCCAGUGUUGGCCUUCUCAGAGGAGUCUCUGCAGCAUGUGCACCCUGUGAUAAUGCAGAGUCUGUUUUGAAGCCCUGCAAUUCCUCGUUGCAGAUGAAUACCUGGCCUGGCAUCUAUGUUUAUCAGCCAACAGAUGCUCAGGCCCAAUGUGCAUGCAAUCAAAACUUUUAUGAUCUGAUGGUGUCGUGUCUGAGUUGUCAGUCUUCAACCAGCGCCAAAUUAUCAGUCGCGCCCUUGGAUCAGUAUCAGCUUGUCUGCCAGUCGUUGGGCCAGACUGAGUUUCCAAAAGUUUACGUUCCAGGACAGACAUCGACCACGACGACAGCAGCACCAUCCACAAAUACGCCCUUGGCCACAUCAGGAUCCAACUCUGGCAACAAUGGAGCAGGUCAUAGCAAUCUUUCGUCUGGCGCUGUGGCCGGAAUUGUUGUCUCUGCAAUUAUCUCUACCUCAGCUCACAAACUUGCGUGUUAUGAACCCUGAUAACGACGACGAUGAUGAGCGCGGUAAUGCAGGCCGUCCAAGGAACCAGAACGGACAAAGUUUUGAUGUGACGCGAACGUCUCCAGGAUGGCGCCGUGGCAGCUUUGACGACGAUUGAAGAUGGACGUAAAACCAGUA